CUAAGAGAUCCCUAGAAUCUUCUGUGAUGUCACCAGUGUUGUGGUGACACCAACUGCCUUUGGGAUAUUACUUCAGUUCCCUUUGGGUUCACAAGCAGGCAUGUUUCGCCAGCUGCUCAGGCUAUUUCGGAAGGAAAGUGUUGAUCAAGGAGAGACCGCACCAGGUCAGAGGGAAGCUGACCCCCUCUCUAGUGAAACAGGAAGGAGGAAAUCAUUCUGGGGAAGGCUUGGUUUUGGUAGGAAGGCAUCAUCCCAAAAUGUCAUCAGUCAGCAAGAGGAGUGUCUAAAGGAACUGGAGGAACUCCAAUUUGAAAUCCAGAAGUGUCAAUUCGAGAGGGAUGAACUUUAUCAAAUCCUGGAUCAUUAUAUCUAUGAUGAGUGGGACCACAGGCUGCACGUCGAAUUGCCAGUCCUUCAAUCCGAACAUGAGAUGAGAAUGAUGGCUAUGCAAAUGAUGACCAACUCAAUAAGUGAUGCCAUGGAGAGGUACAAGGAGCUCAUACAAGUGAACAGUUCCUACCGCAUCAGGCAAUCCCAGCUCCUAUGUGAACAAGCUCAAUUGAAGAACAAUAUACAGAUUUUGCUGAAUGAGAAGAGAGAACUGCUGGUGGAGCAGACUGAACUGCCAGCAUCCUCUGUGGAGACAAAGAGGUUCUGUGAAGAGGCCGGAAUGAACAUCUGUGACCCCAGAGCCACACAACAGCAGGUCUGAAAUUCUCCAGCAGAAACUCGAACAAGACACAGACCAGGACAAGAUCUCCCUUGGAGAGAAGAACUACAGGAGGAGAACUAAUUGUGCACAGCAAAUAUACCACUAUUGCAUCUCAUCUAUAAUGUCCAUAGCAAUUGAGGACUGCAUUUUCCUCCUUUAGUUUGAUUUCUUUGGAUUGAAUACGCUGUAUUUUCACCUUGCCUCUCUCCAGCAAGUGUACACUUUUGGAGGGACCCAGAGAAGUGCUGAUGCACAUCAAUCAAGAGCCUCUGUUCAUCCAGAAAGACUGUGCACGUUUAAAUUUGUACUUGUCCUGAUGAGUCAUCCAGAAGAGUUUCAUGGAGAUCAGUUCACAAUAUUGGAAAGACUUUGUGACAAAGUCUGUAAUAUCAUUUAUACUCAGUAUUGGUAGGCUUUUUCUUUAAUACCCCCACUCCAACAAAACAGACCUACUUCCACUCCUCUUGAAAAGAUCAUUACCAUCACUAACUGCUUGUCUACUAUGUCUCCAAGGCAAGCCACAGGUUAUACGUCUAUUCUGCAAAAGGAGCAGCAAAAAAUGCUUAGUGCAAUUCCUCUAUUUAAAGUUUGGUUAAUUUUUAAUUGUUUUGGUUAUUUGGUUUUCCUUCUAUUCAUUUGAAGAUUUGUUAUUUACGUGUUGUUUUUUUGUUCAUUUGCUUUUCUAUUUUGAUAAGGAUAUAGACUGUAUAUAUUGACUACCUGCAUCUGGUUACUAUCAAGUAAAUUGGAUGUAUUCUGGUCAAUAAAGGAGUAAUCUCAAA